AUGUUUUUUACGGAUGCUUCCUUACCUCUAUUUGAAAAAGUAUAUGUAAAAAAAGGAUAUGCAUUAAAUGAGUUGAUAAAACUAUUUAGUUAUUUACCAUUAGAUUUUAAACCCGGAACGAAAUUUGAAUAUUCCAAUUCAAAUUAUAUUAUCUUAGGUGCAGUCACUGAACAUGUUAUGUCCUCAGCCCCUGCGUUGUCCAAACUUGGCAUAGAGGACAAAGAAAAUGCAUACAGACAAUUAUUAUAUAAAUAUAUAUUAAAUCCAAUAAAAAUGCAUCAUACAAUUUAUCAAAAUGGACACGAUAAUUAUUAUAAAAAGGAUAAUUAUAGAGAGAAAUAUCAAAUCAAGGUUGGUUUGGUUUAA